UGGGCCUGGAGACCUUCCCGUAGGAAUGUGAAGGCUCUUCAUUUUGGCUUGGUUGGUGAAUUAGUAUGAGUUUCAAACUUGGUGAGAGUGAUUACGAGUCCGUCAUUUUCGGAGCCCAUUUUCAAGCCCGUCCUUUCAGACCCAUUUUGAGCACCGGCUUUGAAGGACAGAAUUUGAUUUGUGAACAAACCAAAAAAUAAGAGUUGGAGAACAAACACGACACAUGAUCGAGAGUGCACGAGGAGGAUUGCUGUUGUUCGUUUCACUUGAUCCUUUUUGCUUCGUUACUGAGUGUGCGUGUGCGUUUGGAGUAUUUUCUCCGUUUGAAUCUCGGAAAUGAUAAGGCUCUCCUCAUUGAAGUGAAAAGGGUUUCGAAUCCGACUCCAUGCCAAAGCCAGCCAUUUGUGCACCAUCAUUUGCAAAAUUAUCUUGUGUCGCGGCAGUCGCAGUAGUUGUUGUUGAAACUUAACCUUGUUUUCUCGAGUUUUAUUUGUUUUGUCGAGAUAUAGGAGCAGUGAUUGUGGAGCCAGAAAAUACGUGUGUAUGGGUCUAGGACGUAAUGUACACAUGUCAUCCGAGCCAAUCUACAUGCAAGGCUACCUCGACAAUAGAACUUUGAUUAUCAGUUGCCUAGUGGCCGAGUGAAAGAAGCCCUUUGUUUCUCAAUGCGAUAAUCCUUUCACGUCUUUAAAAUCGCAUAAACUCGUGUGUUCAUUGUUGGAGAAUAUCCACGGGUGUCCGAGUCUUGUCUCGCAAGUCACAAGUCAUUUGAUCGUGCGGCUAAUAAAUUCUUAUGUGACAAGAUCGUCUUGACAUCUCAGGAUUAUAUCUUACUUCUCUGUUGGUGCCAACGAGUCUCAAUGCACGCUUCAUCCAUCUUCAAGACCAUAAGCGAGGACGAAGGAUGAUUCUAAUUUCCAUUGUCAAAACUGAAAGAUAAAGACGGAAAUCACAUCGCACCUCUUUAAACUACGCCCUCAUCUGUCUGGCUUCAAAUCGUCUGGGUAAAGCUCAUUUGAAAAUGAAAAUGACUCACGACAUUCUGGCCGUCAAUUCAGAUGAAAAAUGACGCCUGUGUCAAAAAUUAUGGACGUUUUGACUCACUGGCAAUUAUUAUGAAGCUUUUUUCAGCCAAUUUCCGAACUUGUCUGCCACGAAAAGUAAACACUUGGUCCAUUUUUGUGUUCCCAAGCCCGAAACUCAGGAGAGAAGGCCAGCCCAGUGAAGUCCAAGAGUAUUCAGCAAAGACGUGGGAAACUUGAGAAAUCACUGCAUGAAGCGCGAAUUAGCUAUAUGCGUAUAAGCCUACCAGAUAUCCACGGGCUCAGUUCUAACAGACAGAAGAGAACCUCCCAAGCACGGCACACAGACAGCCUUCGUCGAGGCACGCGAUUCAGACUUUGUUGUUUGGGUAUUUCGAAAAAAGCCAAAGGAAAAAGGUGAUCGACUGUCAAGCCAAGCGCGGAAGUCGUUCCAAAACUUGUUUGAUCAUCAUCAUCAUGAAGGGCGACGCGACAACUUUGUCUAAAGAACACCGUGGCCAUAAAAAUAGAGAUUGCCCUAAGAAAGAGGUGCAAAGUGAGGAUAAGAAACCCGCCGAGCCAAGGGAGAAGUGAGACGAGAGCUCUGUCUGAGGUUGUUCCCUCAACGAAAUUCAACGAAAUUCCCUGUUGAACGAACUCGAGAAAUCGAAUAAACAUUGGGGCCAAGAUGAAUUACAAACACGAAAGCCUCAUUGUAGGCACAUUAGUCCUGCUCCAAUUCUAUCCUGUGAUCUCAUUGGUGACCAAAGAUUGCCGCAACUCUGUCCAGACUAUUUUGGACAUGAACAAUCCAGAGUAUCUAAUAAUUCCAAAUAAUGAAGAUCUCAAUACGUUUACGAACACCAAUAUUCAAGUCAGAGUGAGUUGGAACCACAUCCACCAGCUCCUCGACCCAUCCUGUGUGAACAAGUACUUUGUUGAAUUCAGUCCCAGUGCCAUCGGCACCACUCGUUACAAGCGUGAAAGCGUGAGCCAAACGGUCGAGAUGUCGCCGCCCUUAUCCAACGAUCAGACCAAUUUCACCAAGAACUUGACCGACAAUUGUCAAGUGUAUUCUGUCAAAUUGGCAGUGCUGCUCACCGAAGGUGGGGUCCCAAUGAUUUCUUCUCGCUCCAGGGAGUUUUGGCCAGCCGCUCAUCGGGGUUGGGUGGAGCUUUAUUCCAAGUCAGUGGUGGUAAAAUGGCCUCCGAAUUGCAACUCUGUGACACAAGACUGGUACAUUCGCGCUUGCACUGACCGAUCGAGUGACGGAAAAGAACAGUGUCAAUCGGUGGCCGUUCGAGGCGAGAUCGAGGUCCGUCUGUUUGACCUCAGUCCUUGUUCAGUCUUUCAAAUCGAUUUGGUCAGCUCUGAAGCAUCUGACGGAGUUGUACUUUGGUCAUUCUAUGAUGUCAAAACUCUACCCGAACCAAUCCUGCACAUCGUGCCAGGUCACGAUCGAUUGAGUCUCAAUAUUCGUCAACUUGGUUGUCAGAAAGCCGCGCUUGUGAAGCAUUGGCGAAUUACCCAUUGCGACCAAGCCGUGUCAUCUAGUCAGAAAAGGUCCAAACUCUUGACUCGUCAGAGUGUCCAGGAUACACCCAAUGCCGAAGUCUGGGAUCUAGAAAACGGCUCUGGCGCCGAAAAGAGUAUCGUGGAGGUGGAGGACGAAGAUGAGGACGGAGAGUUCUCAGAUGAGUCUGAAGACGAACAGGCUUCCACCGAGCUCUACGUGUACGACACGAACAUUGUUCCAAACUCUCAAAGAUGCACCAAUAGCAUACAUGAACUCAAUUUUCAAGAGCCCAAUGAGCUCAUAGUUAUGUCCAAUCUUCAACGCUGCACCGAGUAUUUAAUUGAUGUCACCCCCAUCAAUGAUGAAGGAGCCACCAUCCAACCUGGGGAGCGGUAUGCGACCACUCGCUGGACGCUCUGCGAUGGCCAAGAUCUUAAUCAUCCCGACAUAUGGAUCGAGCCAGAUGGGAAUCUGCCUCAAAAUCGAACACUCUCCUUAUCCAACAAAGGGAUUGGAGGUGAUGCUGGUGGCACCAGUUCUACCACCACAACAACCACCAACUCCAAUAAUACUGGGGACGGUAAUGGUCGCCUUGAAGAAGAACAACGCCAACGACGCCAAGGAAGAAUGAGAACAAUCUACAUUUGGGUCUCAGUGGGAAGUGCUUUUGGGGUUCUGCUCUUAAUGGGUCUGGCAAUUUGGGUGACAAAGAAGAGGAGAUGGCAAUGGUACGCUGACGGAAAGCAAGCUACCAAGGCUAACCUGGGGUCCUCGAAGAAAUGCGAAAACGAUAUGCUAUUAGCCAAUAAUAACUAGUGAAGCAUGA